CUUAAAUUAUUAAGAAUUUUGAUAUUUAAUUGAACUUAAAUUUUAAAAAAAUGUAUAUUUUGUUUAUAAACAAGGACUCGACUGGGGAAACAAAAUGGAAGUGUUUGAUGAAAUAAGGGGACCGAUGUCCGAGCGGGGGACUAGUCAGGCCUGCCAACGUCCAAGCCCAGGAAAAAAAACCGCCUUGAAUAGCCGACAACAUUGAUAAGCUUGCAUAUGAGAAACAUAGAACGGUGUAGCUGGGGUUUUGAAGGUUCUCAAAUCGAUCCAGAUGGAAAGAAAAGUUAGCGAAGAAGCGAUGGAGACCAUCACGGAGAGGCUGUCGGCUCUCGAUAAUCUCUAUUUCCCACGCGCCCUUCAAUCUUCGGCCUCCGAUCCCUCCAAUCGCAAAUCCAUCCUCCACGACCUCCUUUCCCGUGACGUCCCUGUCUUCUUAGAAAGAUAUGGGUCUCAGCUGACUAGUGAUGAGCUCCAUGAAUUUGAUGCACUUAACGAUGAUUAUGAGGUUAAUUGGCACUUAAAGCAUCUUAGAAGCAAGAUGAGCCCGACUUCAGAAGAAUUGAAAUUGAGGUCCGUGACUGUCAAGAAUCGGAGGCGGGCUUACUUGAAUAAAUUGGUGUGUGAUGGGCAUUACUUUUCGGAGGAUGCGAUGAGGGAAAGGGAGCCUUAUUUGCAUCACGAAUAUUUAGGGAGGUUUCAGGAUUUAAGUGGGAGGAGCAUGGCCAGGCCUGGGGAACGCUGGUCUGAGACUUUGAUGAGGAGGUGUGAGGAAGCUAGGUUGGUUGCUAAGAUUAGGGAGGAGCAGCAGAGGCUUGGUGUCGCUCAAAAAGAUUGGGUUGGUAAUGAGACCCAUCCUCAACAACAAGAAGAGGAGGAGGAGGAGGAGGAGGAAGAAGAGGAGGAGGAGGAAGAUGAGGAUGAAAUGAAAAUGGAAAAUGGAGGCAACCAUGGAAAGAAUAUGCUUUUGGACCAUCUUGGGGAUGACAUUGUUGCUGCUUCUGCAACUGUGGAGCAACACGAAGAAGCACCUUCUGCAGAAGAAAUGCAAGAAAGGAUGGAUCAGUUCACCUACAUCAUGCAGCAGAAGUUUCUCUCUGGUGAAGAUUAUGAGUAUUUAGAUUACUCUAAAAUAGAUGAUGAUGAGACCUUGGAUGAUCACUGGCUUAGGGAAGCUAACCAUGAUGCAGAAGAGAAGUAUUUUGCUGAAGAUUAAGAACGGAAAAUUACAUCCAUUCAUCUCCCAACAUUUGCAGAUAUCUCUUCGUUAUAGCAGUGGUUAGUGAUUAUCUUUUUCUACUUAUGUACCUAACUAACUUCUCAUAUAAAUAUUAUGGAAUGGCAUGUUCAUGUUGGUAGCCAUUCUUCAGAUAGACCAGCAUUAGAACCAAGGGUAGUAGUUAUCAAAUCUUCUCUGAAGGCAUAUGUGAACUAUCCUUUUUGUGCAUAUAAUGUGAUGAGCAGUUUGUUCUUGUGUGGCUUGAGAAACCACAUAGGGUACUUGACAUUAA